UGGGAGGGGUCCCGACUGGAGUUUGCAAAGCUUGGGCCUGCCGCUGCCGCUAAGAAGUGGAUUUUUCCCUCGGCCGCUCUGUGCCUUGGAGGCUUAUCUCUAGAUUAUGAGAAUCCUCAAGUGCCCAUUGACCAAGACUUUACGAAGAUCUAGUUGACAACAUCCUGUCACUCUCCUGAAAUCUGACUGCAAGAGGGAAAGCAUUCGUUGAUUCGUUCAUUCUGACAUUUCAUUUAUUAUUUUGUUUUCUUUUGUCCUUUCGUUCAUUCCUGUUAUUCAGAUCGGGGGAAGAAUGACCACAGCCAGCAGUCCUCAUAAUCUACAGAGCACAGUGGACUUGGGUGCCCAGUACAUCACCUGCACUCCUCAUUAUGCCAAAAAACACCAGAGUUUUUAUGAUGAACUGUUAGCUCGUGGUGUUUUGAAGCCUCUGACCUCUCCUAUUGAAGGAAUGGUGAUAAAAGAAGGAGAUUGUAACUUUGUGACACCUCACGGAGUUUCUUCAAUUAUUAACCAUUACUUGAAAGAAUCAGGUGCUGAUAUCUACUUCAGACAAUGUGUGAUCCAGAUCAACCUGAGAAAUGACAAGUGGGAAGUCCUGAGGGAAACAGGCUCCCCUGAGCAGUUUGAUAUUGUUGUCCUCACGAUGCCAGCUCCUCAGAUUCUGCAGCUUCAAGGUGACAUCGUCAACUUAAUUAGUGAAUGCCAAAGGCAGCAACUGGAGUCUGUGAGCUACUCCUCUCGCUACGCGCUGGGCCUCUUUUAUGAAGCUGGCACGAAGAUUGAUGUCCCUUGGGCUGGGCAGUACAUCACCAGUAAUCCCUGCAUUCGCUUCAUCUCCAUUGAUAAUAAGAAACGCAAUAUAGAGUCAUCGGAAAUCGGGCCUUCCCUUGUGAUUCACACCACUGUCCCAUUUGGAGUUACAUACUUGGAGCACAGCACUGAAGAUGUGCAGGAGUUAAUCUUCCAGCAGCUGGAAAAUAUUUUGCCUGGUUUGCCUCAGCCAGUUGCUACCAAAUGCCAGAAAUGGAGACAUUCACAGGUUACAAAUGCUGCUGCCAACUCUCCUGGUCAAAUGACUCUUCAUCUCAAACCUUUUCUUGUGUGUGGAGGGGAUGGAUUUACUCAGUCCAACUUUGAUGGCUGCGUUGCUUCUGCCUUAUGUGUUCUGGAAGCUUUAAAGAAUUAUAUUUAGUACCUGUAUUCUUAUUUUUUAUAUGUACUUUGGGGUUUUCACAAUUUUCUGUCAUUGAUUAUUUUGUUUUCUAUUUUGUUGAGAGAAAUUACCGGAAAAUUGUUCUUUACUGAUGGUUAUUUUUCAUAUGGAGUAUAAAAUCAAUUUUAUAAUUUCAAUAGUUACAACUCAUGCUAGAAUGAAAUUCCUUGUACUUUAUACUUUUCUCCACUUUUCUGAAUUGCCAUGUCUACUCCUUGUUGGAGGCAAAGUAGUGCUUAAGAAAAACAAAUGACUCUCCCCCAAAAUUAUGUCAAAUCAAAGUAACAGUUCAUGUUCAGAAACCUUUAUUAUUCUUUUGAAAAUUUCAAUCCCAAGUGAAGAAUAAUCAUUAUCAAGCCCUCAUUAUAAAUCUUCAAGUAUGUCCUUGAUUCAGUAUUUUUACAAAUUGCCAAACUACAAGAUUCCUCCAAACUGUGGAUAACAGAGUGUAAUUUUUGUUUCUCAUUUCUCUUCCAAGUUAUUAAAUGAUCCUGAAUUGUAGGUCACAUAUGUCAUCAUCUCUAAGAACGCUGUUUGGAGGGCAACUUGACUGACAAAGAAAUGUCUCUUCAAAUUUUCAGAAAAUAACCAGCUUCAACUUGACUUUCCAAGUCACACAGUACUUUUUAACCUUAAAAAAAAAAAUCCAGUCUUAAUAGGAAAGAUAAAAAUUAAGGAGAAACUGAGAGAAAUUAUAUUGAUCUUUACCUUUUGCUAUCUCCUGUGGCUAGCGCUGUUACUUUUAUGUCCUCUGCGGUAUGUGCUGUGGCAUUUAGACUCUUGUCAAGUUUAAUGAAUUUAAUACAAAAAAAUUUACUGAACCAGAAAAUAGAUGCACUUAAAACAGUUCAAUAUUUGCCAACUUAGCGGUUCAGCAUAUCACCCACAUGCUUCAGUGACAACCCCAUGACUUGUUGGCUGGAGAGAAAUUGAUCCCCAGCCUUCCAAACAAGCUACCUGUUGCUAAUUUGGAAAGCGAAAUGGUGAGCUCCAUUUUGCCAUUUUGAAAGGAAAGAAAUUGUUGCAACCUCUCAAACUGAGAAAAGUUCAACAAAAGACUCCUUAGCUUGGUAGUAUUUAAAAUCUCACACUUGCGUGCCCACUAUCAUACAUACACACACACAGGCAUGGGCAGAAUUUGUUUAUGUAACUACAGAGUGGGUUUUGUGAUUCUAUGGAAUGUCAUUAUACAUCUCCUAUUAGCAACCAAUUCAGGGAAAACUGAAAUGCCUGCAUGUGGUUAAUAUCACUUAUUUUUGAAAGCAUAGAAAGGAGAAGGGAAAUUACUGUGAUCUCGGGUAUGAUAUGAUAAAAAUAUUGAGAUUUCUUUCAUCAUUUUGGCCUAUAUUUGAUUAACAUUUGUCUUUAUUCUGGUUAUACCCUUAAAAUAUGGUAAAAUAAUACAUUCAAAUAUGUUAAGUAACUAUUUUGUUUUUAACUAAUAUAAUUCUGGAGCCAUUUGAGUGAAAGCAUACUGAAGAUUUACAAGCAAUGUUAUAUUCGUUUCAUGAGUGUAUCUACUCCCAAGAAGAGAGAGAAAAUGAUUUCUAAAGGUGGAGUGGGUUACCUACAGAAAUUAUUCUAAGCCAUUACUGACGACUUUUAAUAUCUAUUCAUUCAAAGUGUGUUUCCCUAAUAAUUGUGCAUCUGCUUAAAAAAGACUAUGGCAAUACGAGAAUGCACUCAACCCUGCUUAGUAUGUAGAUCAUUGUUACUUUGCUAAUUUAAUCAUUUUGAAAAUUCAUUUUACAUUUAGAUCCAUCUCUGAUAGAAAGAGACCAAUUCCCUGAUGCUCAAAUAAGGAAAGAAAAUGUUUCAAAAGUUUGUUUUUCUAUUUUCAUUUACCUCUUCCUCUUGAGAAAUUGAAAUGGAUAUGGGACUGUCUUGUGCUAGAAGCCAUCAAGCCUCAGAUGGCCAGGAUGCCCUAAAUGACCCAGGGCAAAGGCAGCUAAGUCCCCUGAGAAAUAGGGGUCAGCACCUUUUGGCAGAGUUACCAAGGUGUAUGUAUGUCAGCUCCACAGGACCACACAGCACCACAGUACUUCCAAACAAGAACUUUUAUUAAACCAGCCAAGGAAAUCUGCUCUGUUUUGAAAGGAGCAUAUUCAAGUGAGAAACGGCUUGAGCAGUGGGGUGAUUUAAUACUUGUUAGCUGAUAAAUAUAGACUUUGCUGGAAUAAAACUUUAUGAUGCAGGGUUGAAAAGCUUAAUUACUAAACUGUCUAUACACAUCUUGCUCAGGCAGCGAGGGUGACAAAUUAUAGCAGUCGAAUAGUAUGUUUCACCUUUGGCAUUUCUGAAGGGGAAAAGUAUGCCUAAAAACAUCGAGAAAGCAGUAAUAAUCCCAGACCAGAUAUUACUGAGGGAAACAAAGACACGUCACCAAGUCUUCUAUGCAAAAUGCCACCGUCACCACCCCUCCGCCUACUUACUGCCUUGUUAAGUAAAAAGAACAAGGUCAAUUUUACAUUUAUCUGG